GCGUGGAUUCACUCGCAGAGCCACCGUAGGGUGCUUCUGCGCCAAUGGCAGUGCGCAGUGGAGCACGUGGGGACGCGCAGUCGCCACUGCUGCCCCUUCCUCGUUGACAGUAGCGGCUCAACCAGGGGGCGGGAAACAACAGCAACAACAAUAGGAGCAGCAGCAACAACAAUAGGAGCAACAACAACAACAGCAACAACAACAACAGCAGCAGCGGCCUCCGGCCAUGGCCAGCUCACGCGGGGAGGUAGUCACCCUGCAGUUGGGCCACUACGCAGGCUUUGUGGGCGCGCACUGGUGGAACAGCCAGUCGGCCGCGUUCAACUCCGACCCUCGGCUGUCGAUUGCCGCCCAGGAGGUGAACUCGGAUGUUCUGUUCCGAGAGGGCGUCACGCUCCAGGGCGAGCCGACCUACACGCCCCGGCUCGUCCUCAUGGACCUCAAAGGCAACUUAAGCUCCUUGAGGCAACAGGGCGUGCUGUACGAGCACCCAGACCAGAACACCUCCACGUGGAGCGGCAAGGUCUCGGUGCACAGGACGGAUCCCGCAAGCAGGAACGCGUUCCUGCAGGACCUUGAUGUCAUCGAGGAGGAGUGGGAGAAGCGGACGAGAGCCAGCUGCUCUAAUGCGCCCAAACCGGAGACUAAAAAUGCCCCGGCGGGUAGCGCAGAGCCGCCGGCGCAGAAGGUGUACCACCUGGAGGAGGGCGUCGAGGUCUGGUCCGACUUCCUGCGACUGCACCUCCACCCGCGCUCCGUCUCGCUCAUCAAUGACCACACCAGCGAUGGGGACGUGGACCGCUUCGACGUGUUCGGCCUGGGCGACUCGCUGCUGCUGCGCUCGCCCCCCGUGGCGGACGACCUGGAGGACCGGCUGCACUUUUUCACGGAGGAGUGCGACUCGCUGCAGGGCUUCCAGCUGCUGUGCGACCUCCACGACGGAUUCUCGGGGCUGGGAGCGCGCGCCGUCGAGCGUCUGCGCGACGAGUACGGCACCAAGGGCGUCCUCGUCUGGGGGCUCGUGCCGCCGGCCCCGCCCGCGCUGAGCCCGCUGAGGAGCGUCUACCGGCUGGUGAACUACGCGCUGGGCAUGGCUCGCCUCGUGGACACCGCCUCCGUGCUGCUCCCGCUGUCCGUGAGCUCGGUGCUGAGCCGUCGGCCUUCGCCGCCCGUCGUCUUCCCCGACCUGCACUACGACGCUGAGCUGCACUACCACAGCAGCGCGGUGCUGGCGGCGGCGGUGGGCACGAGCAGCCUGCCGUACCGCACGCACUCGCGCCUCACGUCGCUCUCCGAGUUCGCCGACUCGCUCAGCGGCGGCGGCCGCAAGGUGGCGAUGACUUCGCUGGCGCUGCCGUUCCCACUGCACGCCGGAGAGAGCCUCCCCGACGCCUUGCGGGCGCUGGGCGCCGCCCCGCCCUGGUGCUCGCUCGCACCAGGCACGGCGCCGGUGGCCUCGGCCUCGGCGCCCGCGCCGUGCUGCUUCGCCCAGUCCGUGGUGCUGCGUGGGGUGCCCGCCGCGCGGCACACCGCCGGCUCGCAGCGAGGGAGCACGAAGGACUCGCCGCUGUACAGGUGCUCGACGGGGCAAGACGUGAUGUCCGCUUACCUGCACGGGUUGUACCCCCACGCGCCCAGCGCCGUGCAGCUGCUGCAGGCUCCGAUGAGCGCCGCCGCUCCGUUCCCCGACAUCUUCGCUCCGACUGUGGACAGGAGCGGCUACCUCACCGACAGCAGGAGGAAGAUGGAGGAAGCCGUGUCGAGCGUCCCCGUGCUGACGGCCACGCAGUCCGGGACGGCGCUGCGCACGUCGCUGCUGGCGCUGUGCCGGGAGCUGGCCCUCGUGGACGAGCGCCGCCUGCCGGGGCUGCUGGCGGCCGGCACGGAGCCCGGCGAGUUGCCGGAGGCGCUGCACGGCCUGCGCUCGCUCGCCGACGCCUACCACUCGGGGUGCGGUCACGAGCAGAACAGCGACGACGACGACGACAGUUGAGGACCAUGGCGGCGGCGGCGGCGGCGGCGUCGCUGAUUCGUUCGUCCGGUGGAAUUCCUCUCAUCCGCUGUGCACUUAACCGUGGUUUUGGGGGGUGGUGAGGGGGGGGUUUAGAGGGCUCCGGUUCUCUAUCCGCCGGCGCGCGCGUUGCGUCUCCUGCAAGGCAGGCGAUGUCAACGUUUAUGCAGGGAAGCCUGGCUGAAUGCGGUGCAGAAUCGUUUGUCUGCUUGGAUACAUACUCGUAUCUGUCAUAGAAACGUGGAAUUCCCACCAAUGUCUCUGGACAAUUUGGUUCACGACCGCUUAAUCUAUUAUAUUGCCCAUAAUAGAGGUUUUUGGGUUAGAUCGCGUAAAUAUAUAAAUGUGUCGUUAAAACCCACCACCACCCGACACAGCCAACUAGUAAGGGCUGUCACGUAAACAGAACGUGGCCAAUUCGUCACUAGUACAGCACACCGGUGUGUUGGAGAGCCAAGCCACAACAUUUACAAUCUGAGUAAGAUGUUUCGCCAGUAAUUAUAACUAGCUUCAUCAGGCGACAGCCAGAUUUGUGGAGUAGUCAAAACUGUUUCGUUGCUUAUAUCGAGGCGUAGAUGUGGUGAUCACCUUUCUGCGCUCUUGCACAACCUGAGGAAUUCUGGUUGUCCCCAAGAAGCCUCACCCCAACUAUCCCCGCCCACCCCUAUCCUGGCCCCUCCCACUGCUUCCCUGGCCCUGCCCACUACUACCCUAGCCCCGCCCACUCUUACCCUAGCCUCGCCCAAUCCUUCCCUGGCCCCGCCCACUUCUUCCCUGGCACCCGUCACAAUAAUGUGGAAUUUCAACCACUGCAUCAUUUAUGUACUAUCUCGUCUACAUUGUCAAUGUCGGUCGCAUCUUCUAUCUUGUUUGUUCCAUAAGCCUCAAUGUACGCGAGCAAUAUAAUUUAAAAAUAUACAUUGUUUUGUUCUAUUUAUAUCAAUUAUAGGUAGGUAACUCAUUCUUGCGUGCAUAUCGGGAGCAACAAAUAAUCGGUCUUGAGUCGACGAAUCGAUGCGGGGCGUUAAAUACCCAGCAGUUGGUGGCAGCCCAAGAUGGCAGCCGGCGGUCACAUGACCGUGUAAAAAGACGAUAUGUUUAUAGGUCUCGGCCUUUUGCGCACGAACCCCAGGUCAGGCACUUGGGUUCCCCUCGUGGCGGCAGAGGUGUGAAGGUGAAUGUUUGAACACGAUUGUGUUGGUACGGUUGUCCUUUCAAAACGGGGUUCUACGUCACGCGGGACACACGUACACAAGGUGGCGUGUGUCAGGUGGGGGCAGUGGCAGCACUUGUUGCCUGACAGCAAAAAGGACCAAAGUUCGAUUUCCAACUUGGGAUGCCCUUUCUCCGUUUAGUUUUUAUGUUCUCCACCUGUUCUGCAUGGGCUUCAGAAUCAGAAUAUUUAUCCUCGGGAAAUCCGAUGAGCUGUGAAGCUAUUUUUCACAUGUGGUCCUGCAGGUUCCUCCCCCUAGACAAAAAAAAAGCACGCAAUUUAAUUUCUUCCGGACAAACAUCCCUCCUGAAAAAGAGACUCGCAUCAGGCCAUUGGGGCAGAUGGUGUUCAUGAUGAUCCACUGGUGGAGAGCGCGGCGCACGAGGGGGGGGGGUGGUGUGGCCAGCCCCACGCCCCGGCCACCUUUGUCUUUCCGGCACCGAUAUAUACGCGCGCGCGUAUAUAUAUCAGAGGGCCUCGUUGAGACUCGCAAACGCACGAGAAAACCGUCUCCCGUCUUGAUUGAAACGGGUUGGCUCCACGUCGCGUGGCACACUACUCCGCACGCCGGCCCCAUCGUCAGGCGGGCGCAGCGUGGGGCAAACCUGGUUUUGUGUCUGGACGCGGCAGAUCGGCAGAGACGCGGCAAGGGGGACCCGCCGUGCUGCCUCGAGCGUAACCGGGAGUUGUAGAAACCCCCGGUUUGAUCGAUUGGGGACGGCGACACAAAAGUGGAACAUCGGGCCCCCCAGCAACAAAUCUAGAACUUUUAUCUUUGUUAAGCCCCCCCACCUCCACCCUCCCACCAAAAAAAUUUGCAAACGCUAGUUGGCAUCCCCUCCAUGACAAAAUUGUGCACGAUUGCUUGGCGAUGUAUCCCCCACCCCCGUUGCGAGCGACUUGACCCCUUGCGUUUUGAGCUUUUUUCGGUCGUGUUUCCACGUGCAGUCCUAACACUCGAUGCUAUUUAUCGAUUAUUCUGACAGCCGUCGAUAGUUUAGCCUUUAGACUGCUGCUCGGUGCAAAACGCGGUCUCGAGGAGCAGGGUUGGUAUCGUUUGAAUCUUGCACAUUGGUUACACGUCGUAUGGCGGUGGUGGUGGUUGGGACGAUGGUGGAGGUGGUGAUGUCAUGGGUGGUGGUGGGGAUGGUGGUGAUGGUAGUGAUGGUGGUCGUGGUGGUGAUGGUGAUGGCGAUGGUCGUGGUGGUGGCGACGUGGCACACCAGGCUGGACAGCCGAGAGUCCUUCACGUUCCGGCUCUGAAUCGUCGAUCCGUGGAACAUCGCGGGAACAUUUCAAGAACAACAAAGUGUUUUAUUCAAAGCCAGUUUUGCACGUAUACUGUAUAUUUACUGUAUAUUUACUUCACAACGCAUCAAUGUCCCUGCUUUUUGCUGUGUGUUAACUCGGAAUAAUAAAGUUUUAAUUGCAGUGAA